AUGGCUGCUAGUUCGAUAAAUCCUCUGAUCAUGUGUAAAAUAAUUGGAGAUGUGGUGGAUCCAUUUGUGCCCACAACAGCCAUGAAUGUCUACUAUGCAACCAAGCAUGUUACUAAUGGUUGCAGCAUCAAGCCUUCUAUGGCUUUCAAUCCCCCAACUGUCAGCAUUUCUGGAUUGCCUAAUGAGCUGUACACCUUGGUAAUGACAGAUCCAGGCCCUAGCGAGCCCUCCAUGAGAGAAUGGGUGCACUGGAUUGUGGUCAACAUUCCCGGAGGUACCAAUUCUGGUCAAGUGCCAUACAUGGAGCCAUGCCCAGCUGUUGGAAUUCACCGUUAUAUUCUAAUACUAUUUAGACAGUCCAAAUAUGUUGACCAAACUAUUAAGAAGCCAAAUAUCAUAACUAGGGCCAACUUCAACACUAGAGCUUUCUCUCAUCACCUAUGCUUGGGGGUUCUGGUUGCAACUGUUUACUUCAAUGCACAAAAGGAACCCAUCAACUAAUGUAAGAAUGUCUAAGUUAUUUCAUCUUCUCCUUGAAUAAAUAUAUAUAUAUUAUCAUGCAUGAACCUAAUUACUAUAUAAAG